UCUUACACUUGACAGUACUCACUUUCACAACAUAGACAAUAUUUUUUUCGACGCUUGUAUGUCCCACUCGUUGUUAUUAUAUUUCAGUGGUUCUACUUUUUAGCCUAUGACUUGGGUGUAUUAAUUAGCCUUAUCAUACUUCGCUGUCGCAGGUGUGAAUGGGGCUCAAAGGGUAAAGGCACUGUCUUGAGGGAGGUUAUCUUUGCCACGCGCAGGAUCUUCGGAUAGUGAGUUCCACCACCAACUAUCAAAGUGCAGAAACCUGUCGCAGUGAUAGCGAGCAGUAGGCUAUUUCUUCUUAUUUCUAAAAGCGAGUUAUUCAGGGGGGCUGCUGCAUCGAUUUUACAGUUACAAAGAUAACCAACUGAAACGGGGCUUACGCCAACGGUGUAUGGAACUGCUGUAGGUAAUGAAAUGACAUACUUUCUCACUUUUUCCCCACUGCUCCUGAGCGUCCUGUUGCUACUGCUCAGCGGCAUCAUCACACCUGCAUACACAGAUGAUGUGUGUAGCUGCACCGGAAAGUCCAGGUGUCACUGUGAUGGAGUAAAAGGCAGUAAGGGUGAGCCUGGGUAUCCAGGUUAUGAUGGGUUGCCAGGAGUGGUUGGUUAUCCAGGUUCUGAAGGUAAUCCUGGACCUUUUGGCCCUAAGGGAAAUCUUGGCUUUCCUGGAUUGUCAGGACCCAAAGGCUCACGGGGUCUCCCUGGGAAACCUGGGUUCUCUGGACCACCUGGGCAGCCAGGAAUCCCAGGAAAUGAAGGACCAAUGGGGCCAUCAGGAACCCCAGGAUGCAAUGGGACGAAGGGGGACAGUGGAUACCCAGGGUUACCUGGGGUGCCGGGACCUGUUGGAUUACCAGGUGUUCAUGGAUUGCCAGGAUUUAAGGGAGACUCCUACUACUUCCCACCCGCUGCUGAGGUUGAUGGACAUCUUGGACCACAAGGGAGAGAUGGUGUCAAGGGUCAGCGAGGGUUACCUGGACGGCCGGGUCUUCCUGGGAUGGAGGGGCCGAGCGGGACUCCAGGAUUACCUGGGUUAACAGGUGUACAGGGAGAGAAGGGCCAGGAAGGUCCAAGCCCUGUAAUUCCAGGCCCAAGAGGUCAAAAGGGUGACCAAGGCCCUCCCGGGAUACCUGGACAGAAGGGCAUAAAGCUUUAUGCAGAGGGACCCAAGGAACUGAAGGGGGAGCCAGGUGAUACAGGAGAGAAGGGGUGUACAGGCCAGCAUGGUCUCCCUGGGCGUCGUGGAUAUAAAGGGAACAAAGGCGACCAAGGAGAACCUGGGGCUCUGGGGAAACCUGGGAAAGAUGGGGACCCUGGGACCUAUGGAAUUCAGGGUGGGAAAGGUGAUGUGGGCUACCAGGGACCUCCUGGAACAGAAGGUUCAAUGGGUGACAAAGGUGACCGCGGACCCACAGGUCCUCCAGGGGAUUUGAUUCAGAUCAAUGGGAGAAUCAAAGGCUUGCAGGGUUUUCCUGGGCCCCUCGGACCCCCUGGCUAUACUGGUAAUCAAGGUGUGAUUGGUUUUCCUGGAAUGAAGGGGGAACCAGGGUUGUCUUUCCCUGGGGCCCCUGGGAAUCCUGGUCCCCCUGGUUUAGCUGGGGAUAAAGGGGAGAGGGGGGAGCCUGCCCCCUACAUAAUUGGCCCCCCUGGACCCACUGGCCCCCCUGGAAAUGAUGGCCCCAUAGGCGACCGUGGUCCCCCUGGAAUUCCAGAUCUGUUGAGAGGCAACCCUGGACCAUCCGGUCCUAAAGGCAUCAAAGGCAUCCCAGGACAACCAGGAGAUAGAGGCGGGUUCGGAGAAACAGGUGAGAAGGGUGAUGUCUGUCGACUCUGCAUGCCCACUAAUGUGAGCCCUGGACCACCAGGACCUGCCGGAGAGCCUGGUAGGCCUGGAGAUACAGGUCGAGAUGGUGAUCCUGGAUCCAAGGGAUCUAGAGGAGUCAAAGGUCUUGGAGGUCCACCAGGUCCACAGGGUCCCUAUGGUUUACCAGGUGUGCCAGGUUCUACAGGACCCAAGGGCGACAAAAGUCCCACGUCCCCAGGAGACAGGGGGCCUGUUGGCUCACCUGGGGCUCCAGGAGUUCCUGGGAGCGAUGGGACUGACGGGGUCCCUGGAAACCCAGGACUGAAAGGCCAGCCUGGGCUAAAGGGCAACCCUGGACCUCCGGGGCCCAAGGGUGAUCGGGGCGAUGCCGGCUCUCAGGGUAUACGUGGACGGACAGGCCAGAUGGGGACUCAGGGCCCCCCAGGUGUGGGGCCCCCAGGGAGCCCUGGACAGAAGGGCAACCUGGGGGUGCAAGGCCUGCGAGGGAGACCUGGAGAUCCAGGAGAGAAAGGCUCAGCGGGUGAGACGGUAACAACCACAGGAGACCCAGGACUGAAGGGAGAGAAGGGUCAUCAAGGCAACCCAGGACCUUCAGGGAAUCCUGGUAUAAAUGGCUAUCCUGGCUUCCCUGGCAAUUUCGGCGCCAAGGGGGAUAGAGGUCUGUCUGUCCGGGGCCCUCCUGGCAACACUGGGCCUAAAGGUGAGAAGGGCCAGCCGGGGGUUGCUGGUGCCCCAGGGAUUGGUAGUAUGGGACGACCAGGACCAUCCGGAGCUCCCGGGAUGCCAGGCCCUAAGGGUGAUUUCAGACCAGGGCUCCCAGGGCUGCCAGGUAGACCAGGCCCCCCAGGGGAGGAUGGUUCUCUGGGGCUGACUGGAGACUCUGGUCUGCCUGGGCUUGGUAGAUCGCCUGGCCUACCAGGAAGAGAUGGUCCACAGGGAGACAGAGGCAGUAAAGGUGCUGAGGGCUUGCCUGGUCUGCCUGGGGUUGCUGGGGAGUGUACGCUAGGCAUUCCAGGCACUCCGGGGGCUGUAGGUCUCAAAGGAAUCAUUGGCUUAACAGGGACCAGAGGACAGAAGGGGGUGCAGGGCGAUUCAGGUCUGCCUGGCAGAGGGGCCCCAGGAUUGAUUGGUCCGUUUGGACGGCCCGGGUUUGAUGGACCCCCGGGACCUGGGGGGGCUGCCGGCCUGAAUGGAUUCAGAGGAAGAGAUGGUGUACCUGGGGUACCAGGCCUGAGAGGAGACAUGGGGCCAUCAGGAGCGUGUGGUACACCAGGAGCAGACGGAGGCCCAGGACCAGGGGGACGACUUGGCCCUAAAGGUCUGAUGGGUGCUGAUGGGGUGAAGGGCCGUGUAGGAGCCAGGGGACCUGUGGGAGAUUCUGGGGCUCCUGGAGAUAUUGGAGUCACAACAUACAUCGAGGUCCCUGGGGACCCUGGGGACCCAGGACCUACAGCUCUAAGGGGCUUAACAGGUGCCAAAGGAGAUCAAGGUGUGAUAGGGCACAAUGGAGCCAGUGGCAAGGAUGGGAUUCCCGGGAGCGCCGGGCCGCAAGGCGCUGUUGGCGACCCAGGCAGAGAUGGCCAGAAAGGAAGUCCUGGUUUCAAUGGAAAUCCUGGAGUUGCAGGAGAUAUGGGUGUGCCAGGUGUAAAGGGUGAGAAAGGGGGAACAGGAGGUCGUGGAGAGCCUGGUUCAUCGGGAAGACCAGGUCCAAAUGGAGUAAAUGGAGUGAAAGGAGAGCCCAGCCUCCCUGGACCAGGAGCUAAAGGACGACAAGGAGAAAAGGGAGUGCCAGGGUUUCCAGGUUUUCCAGGAGAGAAGGGGGAGAUGGGUGUAGCAGGGAGGUUCGGAACCCUGGGGGCCAUCGGCCCCACAGGACCCAAGGGAAGAGAAGGACUACAGGGAUCACGAGGACCUCCGGGACCAGCCGGGGAAAAGGGCAUUAAUGGUCUCCCAGGCAAUGCUGGCUGUCAUGGCCAGAAUGGCCUGCAAGGGAGCCCAGGAUUGGCUGGUGACCCAGGGACUGCAGGCCCCAGAGGUUCCCAGGGUAGAGACGGCAUCCCUGGCCCAGCAGGAGAGAAAGGAGACAUGGGAGCCCCUGGCAUUGGACCAAAAGGCACAGACGGACAGACGGGCCAAUCUGGACUUAAGGGGGAUGUGGGGAUACCUGGCCGCUUUGGCCCUCCUGGUCCCUCAGGGCUUUUGGGGGACAUUGGACCUCCAGGCCCCCCUGGUCCUAUGGGACUGUCUGGAAGUCCUGGCCGGGAUGGAAUGUGCUUUGAAGGGCUAAAAGGAGACCGUGGACAAAAUGGUGUCCCUGGACCCCAAGGUAUGCAGGGGCCACGGGGACCUCCUGGUCCACCAGGACCUGGCUUUAAAGGAGAUAAAGGGAACAAAGGUGCCAUGGGUCUCCUCGGUACACCUGGGUACAGAGGAGACACAGGGGUACAGGGCAGACCGGGUAAUGAUGGCAGACCAGGUGGUUUGGGAGUCAAAGGGGAGAUGGGACAGUUAGGAGACAUCGGACCAAACGGUCAGAAAGGAGAUGCAGGACCUGCAGGACCUGUAGGUUGCAUUGGACAGAAAGGGCAGUCUGGAGCACCAGGGCCUAGGGGGAAAGAUGAUCUCACCAUGGUGGUACUGAUCCCCGGAGAACAGGGGCUGCCGGGUGACCUGGGGGGCAGAGGAGAGCCUGGACCCACAGGAGCUCAGGGACGCAACGGACCACCAGGACUCCCAGGUCCAAAAGGUGUCUUGGGCCUAAAUGGGCCAAUAGGACUGCCUGGAUUCCAGGCAGCCAAGGGAGACAGAGGGUUCCCUGGACCACAAGGUAUCCAAGGUGAGCAGGGGACUCCAGGAGCCAAAGGCCCCCGGGGCUCUCCAGGUCCUUACUUUGCCGGGCCAAUAGAGGACGGCUUCCUAUUCACCCGUCACAGCCAGAGGCAGAAUGUGCCCCAGUGCCCAGGGGGCAGCAACUUCAUCUACUCCGGAUACUCCCUCCUCUUCAUCAACGGCAACAACAGAGGUCAUGGCCAGGAUCUGGGUACACUGGGAAGCUGUCUGCCUCGUUUCUCUACCAUGCCCUUCUUAUUCUGCAACACGGACAGCACGUGCCGCUACGCCUCCCGUAACGACUACUCCUACUGGCUGUCCACGGAUGAGGCCAUGCCAAGCGACAUGGCCCUCAUCUCUGGUGGUUCACUGGAGAGCUAUGUCAGCAGGUGUGCAGUGUGUGAGACCAAAGCAAACAUCAUCGCUGUUCACAGUCAGACCAACCAGAUCCCUGUUUGUCCACGGGGCUGGCUCUCUCUCUGGGCUGGCUACUCUUUUGUCAUGCAAACAGGGGCUGGAGCGGAGGGCUCUGGCCAGCCCCUGGCCUCUCCGGGCUCCUGCCUAGAAGAGUUCCGGAAGAUUCCCUUCAUUGAGUGCCAUGGGCGAGGGACAUGCAACUACUACACUGACUCCUACAGUUACUGGCUGGCCUCCCUGGACCCCGAAAACAUGUUCAGUAAACCCAGGCCUCAGACAGUGAAGGGAGACUGCCCGGGUAGUAUAGUCAGUCGUUGUCAGGUCUGUAUGAAGCAGUGGCAGCGACCCUAAGAGCUGAAGAACUGAUGGGGAAUGAACUGGAGAUGCACCUCCCACUAUCAGCCACUGUAGGGCAACAAAGAGACUGAUUAAUUCUUGCAUUUCAAUCAUGGUGCUUCCUGGGAGACCAAAGGAUGUCUCAGUUCUUACAAGUGCUGAUCCUCGUUUCCAUGUUUCCUCCCCUCCAGUCCUCUCCUCGCCUCACUUUGACGUUUUCAGCAAGGGAAGGACAGAAGGAGAGCGCACAAGGAAACGAGGAAAUACUAUUGAGAUGCAACCCAGUAGUGGCCUCUGCUCAAUCUGACGUUUUGUUCUCAGUUUUACGGCUUGUCUGUAGUUUGUUUGUAUUGUUAAACCACUGGACUGUUUUACAGUAGAUGGUCAGUGUGAUCCAGGGCUAGAUUCAAUCAGUUCAGCAUUAAGCCGUGAUAACCGACAACUGCUUAGCAUAAUCAUGCGAUGACGGAGGUGUAACUGCGUUGGAGCCGAUGGCACUAUCAAAUUAAUGUUUUUUGAUAGCUCCAAAAGUGAAUAUGUUGUCACAUGUGCUAGCAAAGCAGAGGUCCUGGGUUUGAGCCUCAGUGUGAGACAAAUCAGGAGGAAGUGGUUCUUGCUAAUCAAGCAGUGUGAUGUCAGUAGCAGUGGUGGCGUGACCCGGAUGCACAGUUGGGCUUAGGUCGACAGCUGGGGGGUCACUCUCUUUCAAGCGAGUUUAGAAGGGUUGAGGUUGGAAGUUUACAUGCACUUAGGUUGGAGUCAUUAAAACUUUUUUUCAACCACUCCACACAUUUCUUGUUAACAAACUAUAGUUUUGGCAUCUACUUUGUGCAUGACACAAGUAAUUUUUCCAACAAUUGUUUACAGACAGAUUAUUUCACUUAUUAUUUCACUGUAUCACAAUUCCAGUGGGUCAGAAGUUUACAUACACUAAGUUGACUGUGCCUUUAAAUUUCAGAAAAAUGUCAUGGCUUUAGAAGCUUCUGAUUGGCUAAUUGACAUCAUUUGAGUCAAUUGGAGGUGUACCUGUGGAUGUAUUUCAAGGCCUACCUUCAAACUCAGUGCCUCUUUGCUUGACAUCAUGGGAAAAUCAAAAUAAAUCAGCCAAGACCUCAGAAAAAAAAUGUGUAGACCUCCACAAGUCUGGUUCAUCCUUGGGAGCAAUUUCCAAACGCCUGAAUGUACCACGUUCAUCUGUACAAUCAUUCUGAAAAAGCUAUCAUGAAUCCUUCAUACAUCCUUUGGUUGUUGAAAGCAUCUACCCGCUCUGACAACUUAACUUAUAAACAUUGAUAAAUCAUGUUAAACAUAAAGACACAAAUAACAUUUGUUUUCUUUUGGAAUUCAUGAUUUCAAGCUCAAAUGAUUGAUACCAUUGAAUACUUGUACAGUAAAUGCCUCUUUAACAGCUGGUCCAGGGUAAAAUGGUUGUUUAACUCAAUGGUAAGGAGUAGGACGGGGGUUGAGAAAGAGAUCCCUAGAACAGAUGUUAACAGCAAAAUAACCAUAACCUUGUUGUGUAUUAUGCUAACUUAUAGUACAAAAGUAUAAACACCAUGGGACCACGCAGCGGUCAUAGCACUCAGGAAGGAGUCGUGUUCUGUCUCCUAGAGAUAAACGUACUUUGGUGCGAAAAGUGCAAAUCAAUCCCAGAACAACAGCAAAGGACCUUGUGAAGAUCCUGGAGGAAACAGCUACAAAAGUAUCUAUAUCCACAGUAAAACAAGUCCUUUAUCGACAUAACCUGAAAGGCCGCUCAGCAAGGAAGAAGCCACUGCUCCAAAACCGCCAUAAAAAGCAAGACUACGGAUUGCAAUUGCACAUGGGGACAAAGAUCGUACUAUUUGGAGAAAUGUCCCCUGGUCUGAUGGAACAAAAAUAGCAGGAUGAAUUCUGAAGUGUUUAGGGCUAUAUUGACUGCUCAGAUUCAGCUAAAUGCUUCAGAACUCAUUGGACGGCACUUCACAGUGCAGAUGGACAAUGACCCGAAGCAUACUGCGAAAGCAACCCAACACUUUUUUUAAGUCAAAGAAGUGGAAUGUUCUCCAAUGGCCAUGUCAAUCACCUGACCUGAAUCCAUGCAUGUCACUUGCUGAAGGCAAAACACCCCAAGAACAAGCAGGAACUGGAAACAGUAAAGGCCUGGCAGAGCAUCACCACAGAAGAAACACAGCAUCUGGUGAUGUCUAUGGGUUCCAGACUUCAGGCAACCAAGUAUUAAAACUCACAAUUUAAGUUAUGAUUGUUAGUUUGUCCAGUUACUUUUGAGCCCCUAAAAUUGGGGGGCUAUGUAUAAAAAUGGUUGUAAUUCCUACACGGUUCAUACAAUAAUUUUGACAAAACCCUUAAAUUAAAUAUGAAAGACUACACUUAAAGCACAUAUUGAUUGUUUCCUUUCAAAUCUAUUGAGGUGGCGUACAGAGCCAAAAUGAUGCAAAUUGUGUCACUGUCAAAAUACUUAUACCUGACUUGAUUAUAUAAAUAAUGACACUCAAGGAUUUAUAUCAGCCUUAUCAAGGUCUGGAUUCACACUUUCCAGUGUUUGAACUUGUAAUGGCAUGGGAUGUUUACUAAUGCGACUUGGUGUAUAAAGUUGGGAGCAGCUUGUGGAUUUGACAGCUCCAAUGCAAAUACACCACCGACACGGCCCUAAACAAAACAAAUGAUAUGCUAUGCAGUUGUUGAAUAUUGUGGGUUAACGCUGAACUGAUUGAAUCUAGGCCCCAGUCUUUUUUAUACAUUUGAAUGGAAAGUUAACUGCCUGACAAAGUUUCUGACUGCCUGAUGGCUCUUGUUGGAUGCUAUGUAACAAGGAGGAGGAAUGCUGUCUUCACACAAAAGUCAAAAAUAAUACUAAAUGUGUUGUGCAAAAGUAAAAUACGCACACAAAAAAAAAGAUCUAAAAUAAUCCACAAUUCAUGGUGCAAAAGUGAAACAUGCUUUUAAAAAGAGUGAUCAUCUUUUGCACCUUUCCCUCUCACAUUUAGUCAAAUAAAAAUAUGAAUUUCCCUCUGAAUCCAGAGAUGUUUUGCAGUGUGCAUAGCCUCUCCUUCUCCUUACUGCUACUACUGCUCCAUUACCUACAGCAUGCUGACUGAACACAUUUUGGCUGGGCAGAAACUACUUUUUCUCAUGACUGGAUACACAUUUGAAUGAAAAGUUAAGAUUGAAUUCCACCACUUCAUUAUCUCCAGCACCAUACCACAUAUGUGCAAACGGCACGUUUUACGGUCUGUAGUAAAAUGAUAAGAAGAAAAGGUCCUAAGAAAGUGUCACAUGAUGAUGUCAUCAACAGUAAAAAGUAAUAAUGUUGUUGUAAAUAAUGAAUAUACGUUUAAAAGUGGUGGAAUUCCACUUUAACUGUCUGGCCAGUUACCUGAUGGCCUGUUUGUUUGUUGAAUGUUAUGUUGUCCAUUGGGUGCUAUGAGUAUGCUAGCAAUCUGGUAGAAGAUUGGUACCUUAUUGGGGGUACCCCAAAGCUAAUCUUAACCAUUAGGGGGAUGAAAGAAAAUGAUCAGUCAGUUACAGAUCAGCCGUUAAGGCCAGACAGCUGAACUAGGAUCAAGUUUUGAUAUCUGUAAUUGAGUUUUGAGGGAAAAGCAUUAUCAUUUCACUUACAGCCAGCAAGUAUAAUGCACUGUCAUAAAAAAUAUAUGAUACUCUAACAAUAUCUUAGUAGCAUCUCAGUGAUCCUGAGUUAUUAACAAUAUUUUUGAGUCACAUAGAAAGAUUGAACAGAUUUAUCUGUAUAAAAGAUUGAGAGCCAAUACAUGCUUAUAAAAAGUCAUAUAUGCAUUAUACCGACAUAAGUAAAGUAUUACCAAAAAAGCAUUUAGCAAUGAAACGUGUCGCUCAUAUCACUAGAUCUGAUUCCAUUAGAAGUUCUUAGUAACUUUAUCUUACAUUUCUAAACACGGUUGAAUACUGCUGUAUACCCACAAUGGACAUAGAGCAAUUAUGUUGUAAUAAUCACUUUGUCAGGGAGAUAUUGAACAAUAUGAUUAAGCAUUUGUUAACAUGCUCUCAACUUGGCCCUUUAAAAAGAUUGAGCUUAAGUGUAGUAUUUAUAUGGAGAGAUACAGUUAUCAUUAUUUCACUGUCCAUUGGCGUGUUGCAUAAAAUGACAUUUAGACUCUUUCUAUGUAUUCUUUCCAAUGGAACCAUGGCCACUGUGUUGAUCACUUUAAAAACCAAAGUGAGUAGGCUGUGCAUUUCCAUUUUAUCUGUACAAUAAUAUCACCUUGGCUUCCUUAUAGCUUUCCAAUGUUGUGCCUUGCCUCCAGCCUUUUAACUGACAUAGUGUACCAAGUGCUUCCUUACUUUUCAAACAAAAUAUUGUACUGUACUUGACGCAAACAAAAGCAAUUCAGACAAAGACCCAGAAAAGUGUUGUCUUAAUGAAUUAGUGGAUACUGUUGCACUCUUUUGUAUAACCUAUGUACUUCAUUGACAUUGUGUUCCGAUGCUCAUUUCUGUGUGGUGAAUGUUGUCAGCCUUGAGUUGAAUGGUUUUCUGUUCCAGGAGGUGCUAAAUGAACACAAAGGUACAGGAAUGACUUCACUUUCUGCCAUACUACUGUGUAUAUCAUCUACUGUAUCAUCUUAAUUUAUCUCAGACAGAAGCAUAGGGGUAUGAUAACUUAAACUGCCAUGUAUAACUGCGCAUGGAAAUGAACUCAAAGGUCGCUCUUGUUAUUCUGUAUUGCAAGCAGCAGCCACAUGUAUUAAACAAAUAAGGGUUUCAGACCCCAUUGCAUGCCCAAUGGUUUUCCCUCAAUGGUUCUAAUGAACCGAAACAGUUCAGAAUGUAAUCUGUCUGGGUUCAUCACACCUGUCUGUGUGUUUUCUGUGCGUGCUUGUGUGCUGUGGUGGAAAUGAUUUCUGCAUGUGAAAGACAAGCCUGGCUUCUCCCCUCUCUGGGUACCAGGUGACUGAGCCCCGCUGAGGGAGGAAGUGCAACUGCCAACACCAGAGUCCAAAGGGAUACAUUCUAAUAACAAGCAUAUCAUAUAAGCAUAUUAUCCGGAUAAGACAUCUUAAUUAUCUAUGUUAACUAAUUCGGAUUAUUCCGCCACAGUGCGAUUGUGCGACUGUGUGUGCGUGCAUGUGGGUCCGAUGCAAAUGUUCUGUGCCGUUGAAAUGCUGCAACCCAUAAAUGUAAUUUACAUGUCCUUUUAACAUGCCUCAAGCUCUGCUAUACCAUUAAUCAUACAGUUGUACAGUUAAUCUGUCAUUUCCAAGCUCAAUAGUGUAGUUGUAACACAGUUAGAGAAAUGUAAGUAGGCAUGACAAUAUUUAAUUGUAAUAAAUGAGUGUUCAUUCUU